CCCCCGGCUGUCAGUGCUGUGUGAGUGCGUGUGUGCUCUGAGCUCGCUCACCACACAUUCUAUAAAAAAAAAAUAAAAAUACAAAAAAAUUUUCAAAACAUAAAAAAAAUAUAAAAAAUCUUUUUCUUUCUUUCUUUUUGUAACAAGUCAGUGAAGAGGCAGUAAAAGACGGUCGAGGACUGACGGUAACGUACCCCAACGUGUCGGAUUUUUUUUUUUUUUCAGUCGUUAGCUUCCCCCCCCCCCUCUUUUUCGUUUGUCAAAUUUUAAAGGGUCUUUUAACUCGAACUGAAGUCGACGUUGUGUCGUUUUAAAACAAUUGAAUUAGACGUUUUGACUCCCAACUGACAAGUCAACGGUUGUAUAACGUUUACAAUUCGCCAUCAAAGGUCCUACCGACGAUACCGACCGUUAGCAACUUUUUCCGCCCCCCCCCCCCAGUCUUCCUUCCCGUUAACAAACUCAAAGCGUAGUCCGUUUAUAACCGCUAGUCUCGAGGAGGAGAGAAAUAAGGAUGAACCCUAGCGCUCCCAGUUAUCCCAUGGCCUCCCUGUAUGUCGGGGACCUGCAUCCAGAUGUGACCGAGGCCAUGCUGUAUGAGAAAUUCAGCCCAGCCGGAGCCAUCCUCUCGAUUCGGGUCUGUAGGGACAUGAUCACCCGGCGUUCCCUCGGAUACGCCUAUGUCAACUUCCAACAGCCGGCGGACGCUGAGCGCGCUCUGGACACCAUGAACUUCGACGUGAUCAAAGGGCGGCCCGUACGCAUCAUGUGGUCGCAGCGUGAUCCGUCUCUGAGAAAAAGUGGCGUGGGAAACAUCUUCAUCAAGAAUCUUGACAAGUCGAUUGACAACAAGGCUCUUUAUGACACCUUCUCUGCUUUCGGGAACAUCCUGUCCUGCAAGGUGGUUUGUGAUGAGAAUGGCUCUAAAGGCUACGGCUUUGUGCAUUUUGAGACUCAGGAAGCUGCUGAACGAGCCAUUGAAAAAAUGAACGGCAUGCUGCUCAAUGACAGAAAAGUGUUCGUUGGCCGUUUCAAAUCUCGUAAGGAGCGCGAGGCUGAGUUGGGCGCCCGGGCAAAAGAGUUUACUAAUGUUUACAUUAAAAACUUUGGUGACGAUAUGGACGACGAGAAAUUGAGAGAGCUCUUCAGUAAAUACGGAAGUGCGCUGAGUACCCGGGUCAUGACAGAUGACAGCGGAAAGUCCAGAGGCUUCGGCUUCGUCAGCUUUGAAAGACACGAAGACGCGCAGAAGGCAGUGGAUGAAAUGAACGGAAAGGACUUGAACGGGAAGCCCAUCUACGUCGGCCGCGCUCAGAAGAAGGUGGAACGACAGACGGAGCUGAAGCGCAAAUUUGAGCAGAUGAAACAAGACCGUAUGACUCGCUACCAGGGUGUCAACUUGUAUGUGAAGAACCUUGAUGAUGGGAUUGAUGAUGAACGCCUGCGGAAGGAGUUCUCCCCGUUCGGCACCAUAACCAGUGCCAAGGUCAUGAUGGAAGGCGGCCGCAGCAAAGGCUUCGGUUUUGUCUGCUUCUCGUCCCCUGAGGAGGCGACCAAAGCCGUGACGGAGAUGAACGGGCGCAUCGUGGCCACCAAGCCGCUGUACGUGGCUCUGGCUCAGAGGAAGGAGGAGCGCCAAGCCCACCUGACCAACCAGUACAUGCAGCGCAUGGCCAGCGUCCGCGCCGUGCCAAAUCCCGUCAUCAACCCCUACCAGCCGGCCCCGCCCUCCGGCUACUUCAUGGCUGCCAUACCACAGGCCCAGAACCGCGCCGCCUACUAUCCAGCUGCGGGCCAGAUGGCUCAGCUGCGGCCGAGCCCACGCUGGACGACCCAGGGGGUCCGACCUCAACACUUUCAGAACAUGACCGGUGCCAUGCGUGCGUCAGCGCCACGUCCUCAGACCUUCAGCACCAUGCGGCCCACAAAUCAGGUCCCUCGCAUGAUGUCCGCCCAGCGUGUCGCCGCUCAGACCGUGGCUCCCCGACCGCCUGCCGCAGCCACGGCAACAACUGCUCCAGUGCGCGGAGUUCCUCAGUACAAGUACGCCGCAGGGGUCCGCAACCCUCAGCAGCACAUCACCUCCCAGCCACAGGUCAAUCUGCAGCAGCCUGCGGUCCAUGUUCAGGGACAGGAGCCUCUGACCGCCUCCAUGCUGGCCGCCGCUCCGCCGCAGGAACAGAAGCAGAUGCUGGGUGAGCGUCUGUUCCCACUGAUCCAGAACAUGCAUCCCAGCCUGGCAGGCAAGAUUACUGGCAUGCUGCUGGAGAUUGACAACUCAGAGCUGCUUCACAUGCUGGAGUCCCCAGAGUCUCUCCGCUCCAAGGUGGAUGAGGCUGUGGCUGUGCUGCAGGCCCACCAGGCCAAGGAGGCCGCUCAGAAGACCGUGACCAACUCAGCCGUUGUCCCAAGUGUUUGAGCCCAAGGCGAGGGCAACCUCGAGACGAGCUUCACGCACAGAAGAAGGGUUUAAAAAAAAAAUGUUUAAAAAAUAAGCAAAACAAAGUAAAAGAUGUUAAAUACAAAGUUUUAAAAAAAGCAAACGAUGGAAACAAGUCUCCAGCCAGUCCUGUAACACAAGGUCUGCUUUUCCGAGCUAAAAAAAAAAAGCAAAAAAAGAGGAAAAAAAAA